AGGUUUGCUGGGAACGGUUGUUGCGGUUACUUGGGAGAUAAAGAUCCAGGAGUUCAAAUCUGAGUUUGUUACUUGAUUGUUAUUUUGUUUGUUAUUUGGAGUAAAUUCCAGAGGACUAUAAAUUGGAGUAUGAUUUGUAAUUGGAUGGUUUGUGGAAUUCAAUACAAUUUUAUCAGAUUUCUCUAUCUCUCUCAUCUAAAAAUCUCCCAAAUCUCCCCCAAUUUCUGCCAUUCUCUUCCAUUAUAGUUGGUAAUGGAGGAUCGGUUUAGAAGCUUGGAGGCUCAAGUCGUCGAACAAGGAAGCAAGAUAGAUUCAAGAUUACAGUCCGUGGAAGAUACGAUCCAGGAGUUCAAAUCAGAGAUGUUUGCACAGUUUGCUGGCUGGAAAUCUGAGAUGACCGAGCUACUGCGGCAGAAUCGACCACCAUCCCCGGUAAUAGAUCCAUCUUCUGCACAUGGGCGGGGUCAAACAAGCCUUCCGAAUCAAGGGGAAGGAAGCCAAAUGCCUGGAAGGAGACCGGGAAAGGAGCCUGCAGUGCAGAAUGACCCUGAGAAUCCUGAAAUUGUGGUGGAAGAUGAGGGCCUAGGGGAAAACACCCAUGCAUUUCAGAUUGGCCAAAGGGUUGAUGAUCUGGAUUGGGCUCCAAGAAGAGGCAAUUUGGAGGUUAGGCAGCAAGCUCAGGGCCAUGGAGGUGACAAUUGGAGGGAAUCAUAGUUAGAUUCUUGGACACUCCCAUUCUCAGAUCUUCCAUACCAAAACAAAUAUAUAACCAGAAAGUGAUGCUGUCUAUAAAGAAGUUUGCUGAGCUUGAACCAAAGAAGUAGCAGACCCGACCAGCAAAGAUCACAACUUGGUAGAGGAAGCAUCAGACCAGCAGGGCUGGAAGCAGUGCUGUUUCACUCCUUGGGGCUGUUAGUUCUUGCAGAUUUGUUAUUAGAUAUUUACCUUCUUUCUAGUAUAAAUAGGGAAUAGAUUGUACUGGAGUAUUAUGCUUGGAUGAUUACUGUUUUCUUCUU